CCCCCUAGCGGCAACUCCAGCGGCUUGGCGUUAGCAGCUCGGAGAGGAAGAGGCUGUUUGGAUUAGGGGGUUGGGCUGCCUGCUGGUAGGAAACCUGCCGCCAGACGUCCAGUUCGUCUCCGGCGGUGCAGCGUCGCUUUCCCGCAGCAUCAGCAGCAGCGACACCGCAGAGCAGCCUCCAGCCUCACCUGCUUCUCAUCUGCGCUCCCUCCGCCUCUGUCCAGCACACACAAACGGUGCCGCAGCGCAGAGGAAACGGGCGGACAAGGACGAGCAGCGAAGCAGUCUUCGGGGGAAAUAAGGGAAUAUUAAAGGCUGAAAAUGGUGAAACUGGGGAGUAAUCUGCAAGACAAAGGUGCCAAACCUGUGAGCGUGGAGGACGGCUUUCAGAAUGUGCCCCUCAUCACUCCACUGGAUGUUGGCAGCCUCCAGAGCCAAGCACCUGACAAGGUGGUGGUGAAAACUCGAACGGAGUACCAGACAGAGAAGAAGCGGCUGAAGGUGCCCAAAGUAGAGGAGUUCACCAUCAGUUUUACUGAUGGAGUCUCCGAGAGACUUAAGGUGACGAUUCUGAUCAUCCUGGCCUUGGCCUUCCUUGCCUGCAUUGUGUUCCUGGUGGUUUAUAAAGCCUUCACCUACGACCACGCCUGCCCAGAUGGAUUCAUUUAUAAGCACAAGCGAUGUAUCCCAGCCUCCCUCGAGGCCUACUACGCCGCCCAGGACGCCAACUCGAGGGGCCGUUUCUAUACAGUGAUCAGCCACUACAGCAUGGCCAAGCAGACCACCUCGCACUCCGUCUCCCCCUGGCUCCCUGGAGGGUCGGGAGGGCGUGACGCCAAACCCCCGAGCGGUGGUGAGGGCCACUGAGGUAGCUGACCGGCUAAAGGAUGUGAAGACACCCAUGCAGACAUGAAGAAGUACAUGCAGACACAGGCCGACAACAUGUCCGUGAAUAUUUAGAAUUGUAGACAAAAGAGACAGAUUCACACAAGAGUACAUAUAUAGAGUGAAAUCGUGCAUGCAGACAUUAAAACACACAAGCACAUUUGUAUUUAGAUUAACUUGUCUGCUCUUUUGUCGUCAUUCUUAUUGAGGGGCAUCCAAUCUCUUACUCUGUUUAGGUUAUCAUCAUCAUCAUCAUCAUCAUCAUCUGCUGACAUCCACCCAUAGUCCGUUAUCUUGUUUACUCCCCUCCUCAAAAAUGAUUAUUAAUUGAUUUUCAUCAUAUAUUUAUUUUUUACUGUAAUCUAUGGAUGUUUUGUAUGUGAUUACCAGGUAACUCUUUGUAUGAAGGCACAAGCUGAUGCUGAGAUUCACGGUACUUUGUGAGAUUUUCUGGAGUUUGAAGUCUUUUUUUUUUCCCCUCAGUGUGUAUACUAUAGUUACUGUAUAGUCAUUCUCAGCCCCUCUUCUUUCUUGCUUUUUUUUUUCUUUUUGUCCAGACUAGGCAACCUCAGGCAUACCUGUCAAAAACUACACAGGCAUAUCACCCAAAAUGUGUCAAAACUUCAGCUGGGCUGUCUGAGGCCAACGCUCGCUUCAGCUCUGAGUUGACUGAGUGACUUUUCUCCUUCAUGGCUGUUUAAUAGCUCAUAUACAAGAAGAUAAUUUUAAAUGUGCUGUGCCAUACAUUUUACAUCCUGAAAUCCCCCCCACCCCCCCACCCCAGUGAGCUACGCUGUACAUAGAAAUGUGCAUUGAGGCUAGUUUUGUGUGUAUGCAUUGUAGUAGCUUUAGGAAGUUUUUCUUCUUUUUUAACAAAUCCUUUAUGUGAACUACAUAUUGCUUCAGUUGCCAGUCUUGUAGCUUCAUUAAACACAAUGUUGCAGAUGGGAAACAAGAUAUUGUGCAUACAACUGUCUCUUGCCAAAAUUCUGAUUUGCCACUGUGUAUUGUUAUGUUUAUGGAUGGGCUUCAACUGCAGCCAAGUUCUCUUCCUGUUAUUUUUUUUUUCAAUUUUGUAUUGUUGGAUCUGUUGUCAAGGGCGCUUUAAUGAGAUGUUGUGAUGUUGUUAGUUGAUAUGUAGCGAUACCUGGUGUAAUUUAUCCGUGUGCAUCCUUGUCCCUCUUUUCUUGGUUCAAAUUCAAAAUAAAACGAGCUGUGACCUGU